GGAAUAUCAGCGUUCACAGUCACACAGCACUGCAUCACUACCAAACCGCGCCGUAUCCUGCAGGAACACAAGGUAUUAACCUUGUAGUGCAUUAGCACUGCUGAGCAAAGACAGGGCUGCCCUUUAGACUUAUUUAUAACCAUGCCUCUUGGGAAGAACGUCAAGAAGAAAAUUGAGGACAUCAAUAUGGCGUACAACAUCAAGGAGAAGCUGGGAGCGGGGGCAUUCUCCGAGGUGGUAUUAGCACAAGAGAAAAAUUCGGAGCGACUGGUGGCCCUGAAAUGUAUCCCUAAGAAAGCUCUCCGAGGGAAAGAGGCCGUGGUGGAGAAUGAGAUUGCAGUGCUUAAGAAGAUUACUCACAAAAACAUAGUUUCCCUGGAGGAUAUAUACGAGAGCCCCACACAUCUGUACUUAGCCAUGGAACUUGUUACUGGAGGGGAGCUUUUUGACCGCAUCAUUGAGCGUGGAUAUUAUACUGAGAAAGAUGCCAGUCAGCUCAUUCGUCAGGUCCUUGAUGCCGUACAGUACCUGCAUAACAUGGGGAUUGUACACCGAGACCUAAAGCCAGAGAACCUUCUCUAUGCCACCCCAUUUGAGGAUUCCAAAAUCAUGAUCAGUGACUUUGGCCUGUCCAAGAUUGAGGAUGGUGGAAUGAUGGCUACAGCGUGUGGGACACCAGGCUAUGUAGCGCCAGAACUCCUAGAGCAAAAGCCAUAUGGGAAAGCUGUUGAUGUCUGGGCAAUUGGUGUCAUCUCUUAUAUUCUGCUCUGCGGUUACCCUCCUUUUUACGAUGAAAAUGAUUCUGAGCUUUUCAACCAGAUCUUGAAGGCAGAAUAUGAAUUUGACUCUCCAUACUGGGAUGACAUUUCUGAAUCAGCCAAGGAUUUUAUAAGGCACUUGCUGGAAAGGGAGCCAGAGAAAAGGCUAACAUGCGAGCAAGCACUACAACAUCCCUGGAUAUGUGGUGACACAGCACUGGAAAGAGACAUCCAUGGGUCAGUGAGUGAGCAAAUCCAGAAGAACUUUGCACGAACUCAGUGGAAGAGAGCUUUCAACGCAACGUCAUUCCUCCGUCACAUCACCAAAAUGGGGCAAAGUGCUGACACAGAGGCUGUGGAAAACCAUGGAGAAGCUGCCCCACAAGAGAAGGACAAGUGGUGACAGGAGCUUGAAGUGGAAGACUUGAUGCCUGGAGGUGUCCAUGUUUGGGACCUCCAUGUCAGGCACUACACCCUUGCAUGAGCUUGUGGUGACACCUGUCUGCAUGAUGCCUUCAGCGGCCAAUGGCUGUUCUUCCCCUAGCCCCACCAUGGCCCCCCCCCCCUUAUAUUGUAAACCCUCCAGAUGGCCUCUGUUUUUGAGAAAUUUCUCGAGAUGUGCUGCAGAUUUGUUGGGGUCUCUAGAUUUUUACAUAUUUAAAGAGCCAUGAAACAAAAAGAGAGAUACAGAGAAUUUAAAUUCUGAAGGAUCUCUGCUUUAAUUUUACAUCUCUGCGGAUCAAGCCAGCAUGGUUGAAAGUGAUCUACACGGUGACUUUGGUCUCCGGAAAGGAUGAUGCACUACCUCAUAUCAAAAUCAUCCACUCAACAGCAUUUGCAUACUCCCAUUGAACUUAAAGAGUCUACAGAGAUAAUUCUACAAAACAUUGCCACACAGGUAGAGAAUCCCAACAAGCACAAUAUCAUAUAUUGAUGUAGCUGCCCCAAGAAUUUGACAUUUCAUAACUAGAAUAAACUACAGAAAGCAGUAAAAGAAGCUUGAACAAUGAAGAUUUUACUUCUGUUAGUGGAAACGGUACUCUUAAGCUCUAAAUGGUAGUCAAAAGAUCAGAGCUGUUUGUUCUUAUUGGCUUUGCCAGCAACUUGUUUGAUUUUUUUUUUUUUUUUACAAUAGACCUAAAAAUGUAUUUUUUUCUCCAAGACUAAAGUUUUCACUUUAAAAUGAACCCCAUUGGAAGUAGUUAUAUAUCAAUAUAUAAAUAAAAUAAUACACAUUUUAAAAAAA